AUGAAUCAAACCGUGGCGCGAUUACCCAUUGCGAGAGCACCUCGACCAGUGCCUUCACGAGUCCGGAUGGCCCUUAGGUCGAAGAUCAAGGCGCAGGCAACGGCAAAUAAGUUGCCGGCAAAGACGACAGCACCUCUUGACGGAGAUGGCGAUAUGGCUUUUGCAUCAACUCCACCCUCGAAGAGAAAAGAGAAAAAGGACAAAGACGAACGACCUCUCUUCCACGCAUUGAAGAUGCAGCAGAUCCUCACUCCCUUAUCCUACGGCCAACGGACCAAGCUAAAGCAGCAAAUGGAGAAAAUCGCCUCCUUUGAAGAGCUGGGAUUGAUGCCCUCAGUUGUCGACUCUAUAUACACCCAGGUCUUGCCACAUCUGACGGAGUAUACCCCUACACCUGUACAGAAAUUGGCGAUUCCUGCACUCCUCAGCAAAAAGGGCGAAUAUCAAAAGCAGAAACAGGUGGGUGCAGACGGGAACCCUCCCCCCCACAAAUACAAGACCUUCCUUCUCGCUGCAGAGACCGGUUCAGGGAAGACGCUGGCGUACCUCUUACCUGUCAUCAAUGCCGUUAAGCAACAAGAAGAGGUUGAUCGGAACGAAGAGCACGAGCGUGAAGCCCGGAGUGUCAAAGAAAGGGAAGAACAAGACAAGAACCGCGUUUUCGAAGCAGACGCUUCGGAAGCUGACGAGCCACCACCAAACCAGUCAAUGGGCCGGCCUCGAGCCCUCAUCCUUCUCCCCUCCUCCGAGCUCGUGGCGCAGGUUACAAAGGUGGUCAAAGUUAUCGGGCACACUGUGAAAUAUCGCUCUGCGGGCAUUUCUUCCUCGAACACACCCACGGUUAUCCGCAGCCGCCUCUUCAACCCCCAAGGGAUCGACAUCCUCGUCUCCUCCCCCCACUUGAUCGCCAGCAUCGCCAAAAAGGAGCCGAAUAUCCUAUCACGCGUUCAGUAUCUGGUCAUGGACGAGGCUGAUUCUCUUUUCGACCGCUCCUUUAGUGAGACAACGUGCGAAAUCAUCGAUCGUGCGGCCCCCUCAUUGAAGCAACUCAUUCUCUGCUCUGCCACUAUCCCAAACAGUCUUGAUAGGUUCAUUGACAAGAGGUUCCCCGAUUGCAAACGUAUCGUCACACCCAAGCUACAUACGAUUCCGCGCCGAGUACAGUUGGGCGCUGUAGACAUCGACAAGGAUCCCUACCGUGGCAGCCGUGACUUGGCGUGUGCGGAUGUGAUCUGGACACUAGGACGGGCUGUACACGAAGACCUCAACCCCAAAAACACGGUCAAGCAUAUCCUUGUUUUUGUCAACGAGCGCGACAAGGCAGAAGAAGUUGCGCGAUUUCUAGUGUCAAAGGGUAUCGAAGCUGUUGCGUUGACGAGGGAUACCACGGAGCAGCGCCAGGCUGAAAUCCUUGCAACAUUCACCUCUGUGGACCGUGUCGAAGGCUCGUCCAAACCAUCCUCUUCCGCGUCCUCGACCUCCAAGAAACUGUUCAAGGAUUUCGUUCCCUUUGACCGUUCAUCGAACCCCUCGACAUCGGGGACACACCCCACCCAGCCAUCUAGACCGACGAGGCAUCUCCCGGAUGUUAAGGUUCUCGUGACCACCGACCUUGGUUCACGCGGUGUUGACACUCUCGCAGUGCGGCACGUGGUGUUGUAUGACGUUCCACAUACUACGAUAGAUUUUGUUCACCGGUUGGGACGUAUGGGUAGGAUGAACCGGCGAGGGAGGGGAAUUGUAUUGAUGGGAGGCAAAGAUAGAAAAGACGUGAUUAGGGAAGUCAGGGAGGCUAUGUUUAAAGGGCAGGCUCUGAUCUAA